AUGUAUAAUGAAGAAGCCAGAUUUUUAAUGCAGGAUGGGAUGCUUGAGGAACAAGAGAAUCAAGAAAGAAGGGCUGGAGCAGAAGAAAAGCAAAUGACGCCUUACAAGAGUCAAAGAAAGGGCGCAAUCAACAGAGUCAAGUCAUUUUCAAAAAGUAAAGAAAGAGCAAGGAGAUUCAAAGGAAUGCCAACUGUUAAGGGUAGAGAGCCUGAAUUUAAUCGAAUUAAGAAACAGAUAGACUCGUUUCUUAAGUACAAAAACAACAGCAUUCUUUACUUAACUGGUGUCCCUGGAUCUGGCAAGACACACACUACACUUACUCUCUUAAAUUAUCUUGAAGUUCCCUAUUCAUAUAUCAACUGCUCCACAUUGAAGACCAGAAAGGAUAUUUAUAAGGAGAUCUGUGAUGCAAUUGAGUGUGCUUGUGAGAUAAGGAAUGGGACCUUGCAAUCACUAAGGUACCAUUUAACUAGUUGCUGCCAUAGCCACAUUAUAGUCGUUGAUGAAGUUGAUUUUUUGAUAACUAAAAAUGAAAGCUUUCUGUACAAUCUAUUUGAAAUGCCCUUUAUGGACAGCUGCAAGAUGUUUUUGGUUGUCAUAUCGAACACACUUGGCAGUCUAAGUUCAAAGCUAGAGAGUAGGAUUGCAAAGAAUAGGAUCGAAUUCAAGCCAUACAAUGCAAAUCAGCUGAUGGAGGUUGUUGUGUCUGAAAUCCAAAAUGGAAGCACGAAGGUUGACCAAAAGUCGCUAGAGCUAAUAACAAAGAGGAUAGCCUCUUCUACAGGAGACAUCAGGAAGGUCAGGGAGAUAAUUGAAGAGUCGGAAAAUUUAAAUCUGAACCGAACAAGCCAUAUUCUCAAAGACAUGGCCACUCCCCUUCUCAACAAAUUUGUGGUUUCGCUCAAUUUCUACCAAAAGCUCGUUCUUUUUCUCAACACCCAGCCUUUAAAGUCAAUGGCUGAGUGGUUUAAUGAGUUUAAAUCAUUUUGCAAAAUUAAAGGCUAUCCUGUCUUAAGCUUUGCGGAUUUUCAAUUCGUUGUAAACGAUUUAAUGUCAUUUGACAUCUACAGGAUGCGAAAAGACGGUAUUUACAUAGCUUGCAACUACCUGCAGGAAGAAAUGGAAAUGGCAAUGAAGAAUGAUCCGUGUUUUGAUGAAUUCAAAUCCAAGAAGAUUGGGCUUUCUGACUGA